GGUGCUUCGGGUGCCGCCCGCCUCCCGAAGCUGCUGAGGCAGCCGCCGGCUUUCGGCGCUGCCAGUUGUCCGGGGACGGGGUGGGGGUGAGAAGAAGAAAAAGAAGGAGAAAAGUUCACAAAUUCUGACAGGCAGGGCAGCGCUCAGGCAGCAAUGGGAGUCGCGGAUCUCUGUCGCGGGCAGCGUCGCUCUCCCCCCGCCGUUUCGGGACGCGAGGUGCCGGUCCCGCUGGCUGCUAGCAGCAGUGCGGGCAUCCCGGCCGCGAGCCCGGGGCUUUUUUUUGGUGAAUUACCUCUUUCUGCCUUGCUGCAAGGUUUUCAGGUGGUUUAGUGCACUCAGAGCGUGUCCGUACGGGAGUGCAACCCAAGCGGCGCUUCACGAAGCGCGCCCCUGUGGCAUCCUGAAAGGCUGUGCUGGAGGGGUUGCGCUGUGGAGGUGCGACGUCUGCGCUCUGCACUGAAGGAUUUUUUUCGGUUUUGUGACAGGAGAGAGGUAUUGCUGAACUUCCAGAAUAAUCCCUCUGCACUCCCUCCACCCUGGGUGGAAAAAUGACCUUUAUAAGCAAGAUUGUGGCUGAUCUUUGUACCCUGGCUGUCAAAACAGACGCUCGCUGUUGACAGCUGAAAGGGUAUUUUCAUGUGCCUGUCUGCCAAGCUAUGCAGCAGAGUAAGAUCUAGCUAAUUAUAAGAGUUUUCAGUUGUUACAAUGAUACCACGGUGUUAUCCCGUUAGUGAUCACGGUCUGUGGCCAGGGCAGCGUGGUGCUGUGCAAAGCAAGGCUGCAGGUCUUGCUCCCCAUGCGGACUUGUCAUCCCCUUGCUUUCAGCCAUCUCCAGUUACUUGGAGGCACAGGACAAGGCACUGCCUUUGAUAAGGCUCCUGUCGUCCGCAUGAGAGCGAGGGAAAGAGCUGUGCUAGCGUGUGGUUAUUUGCGUGUGCAUGAGGCAUCUUGGACUCAGUCUCGGUGAAAUUUACAUGGUACGGGGCAGGAAGGUUGAGGCAUCUGUGGUUUAUCUGAGAUUUUGCCUAAAAAAAGAGCAGACAUCUGUGGUUUAUUAGAGAUUUUGCCUAAAAAAAAAAGAGCAGGCAAGAGCAUUAUGUGCACCUGCAGCUAGUCGCCUAGCUAUUGUAGCUCAGAGGAGUUUGAGUGUAGUAGUGAAUUUUUCAUGACAUCUUUUGUAAGCAGGACAGCCAAGACAGGUCCGAUUGGAAAAGGAAGGUGAGAAGCAAACACUAAUUCACUCUUCCAAGAUCCCUUUCAGUACAGCAGCUGGUCCUUUUUCUGCACCUUCCUUAAUCCCCUUUUUUUCCUUUCUCCAGCAACCUGAAUCCUUUUUCCUAAUAAAAUCCUAGUUUCUACCACUUCUUUAUGGUGUGGGUGAUGCAGUAAUCUUCCUUCUGCAGGCAAUGUUUUGUGAGGCUUUUCAGAUGCACUUCUGGAGGAGAAUGGAUGUUUCCAGCAUUAUUCACUACCUGAGAAUAUGUCAAAAAUGGAUUUUGUAGGUGACACUGAUUAGUUGCCCGCUUUCAAAAGGUGCAGUAGUACUAGCUGUUACAAGGUGAGCUAACUGUUAUUUGGCUGUACUUCUGAUUUUGCACGCUGAGUAUUCAUAAACCUAAGAUUUAAAACCCAGCUUCACCCUGUGUGCUGCCUGGAGUUUGAGGAUAGUUUGAAGGUAUUUUCACCUAACACUCAUUUAUUAAUGCAAGCUUACGGUAAGGCGCAAAGAAGGAAACUUAAAAUUUUUGACCUCAGUGUGUGGUGCCCUUAAAAAUCAGCAAGGCCCCCUAAUUCAGAUUAAGACCUGGGAGUUUAUAUGUGGGAAUCUUUUGUUCUGAUUAACACUGAAAUGCUCCCUUGGUUUCUGCCUGUGACAUUACAAGAGGCAUGAAGUCCUCUCUGUGCCUGGCAUUCUCCUUCAGCUCAAAGACCUUAUUGACUGCAGAAAGUAUUUACUUCUGACCACUUUCAGAACUGACUUUUUGGGAGAAGAAUGGUCUUUAAUGAUGACCUUAAUGCUCCUUACAUAAGCCUCCUGUGUGCCUAUAUGGUGAAAUCUUACUCUCAGGAGUAAGUACACCUUAAAGUAAUUGCAGUGAGUAACAUGGAGCUGUGGGACUGCCCUUGUUUAUUAUGAGGGCUGUUGCACAGUGAAGCAUUCAUGGCUGAGUAGUUCUUUCAGUCCCAUCGAAAGAGCAGCUUGUUCUCUGUACACCUGUGGUGCUGCUGGUAUUUUUUCCAUUUGCUGCCUCUCUGCACCGAGCAGUGUUUUUACAACAACCAGAAGGAUACAGACAGUGCAGUGUGCCAUGGAGAGGCAGACCAAGCCCGUUGACUUGGCAGUGUCCCUAAGGGACUGUCCCCUUGCUAGGGUGACCAGCUGCACGGCUUGCAUCUAUGCCCUUGCUCCUGUAACAAAACAUGGGUGUGUGGAAGAUGCCACUCAGAAUACCUCGCAAAACUGAGGUGUUUGUUUAGCUUGAGAGAGACCCAGCUGAACUCAUUCCUGCUUGCCCGGGAGGUGGGAGAGCUGGGAGGAAGAUGGACACCCUCCUUGCUGACUCUUUGUGGCGAGUUUCUCCUUGGAUGUUCUCACAGAACCUUAGGGGAGAAUGGACCCUGGUGAAAACUGCCUUCCUAGGGGAUCAACCAAUGUGGUUUACCAAGCGCACCAUGUCAGCAGGAGUAAGAGAGGACAAGUUGUCGGUACCAGGGGUGGAUUCCGAGGCUGCACGGUUUGGCUAACAGGCCUUUCUGGAGCUGGUAAGACAACCAUCGGCUUUGCUCUGGAAGAGUACUUGGUCUCUCAUGGCAUCCCCUGCUAUUCCCUGGAUGGUGAUAACGUUCGGCAUGGCUUGAAUAAAAACCUGGGUUUCUCAGCCGGAGACCGUGAGGAGAACAUCCGCCGCAUUGCAGAGGUGGCCAGGUUGUUUGCUGAUGCUGGGCUCGUCUGCAUAACGAGUUUCAUUUCUCCUUUUUCAAAGGAUCGUCAAAAUGCACGGAAAAUUCAUGAGGCAGCUGGGCUUCCUUUCUUCGAAAUCUUUGUAGAUGCUCCUCUAAAUAUUUGUGAAAGCAGAGAUGUAAAGGGACUGUACAAAAAGGCAAGAGCUGGAGAGAUCAAAGGAUUCACAGGGAUUGACUCAGACUAUGAGAAGCCUGAAUCUCCUGAACUAGUGUUGAAAACAAACGUUGCAUCAGUGUCUGAAUGCAUUCAGCAGGUUGUGGAGCUCCUGCAGACACAAAACAUUGUGCCCCGCGCAUCGAUUAAGGAUGUUCUUGAGCUGUUUGUACCCGAAAAUAAACUUGAUAGUGUCCGAGCUGAAGCAGACAUGCUACCAUCCAUAGAGAUCACGAAGCUGGAUCUGCAGUGGGUGCAAGUGCUGAGUGAAGGCUGGGCCACGCCACUGAAGGGCUUCAUGCGCGAGGCAGAGUACCUGCAAGUGAUCCAUUUCGGCACCCUGCUGAACGGAAAGAAUCCCUCUGUAGCUGACGGCGUUAUCAACCUGACCAUCCCCAUUGUGCUGCCAGUUUCCACGGAGGACAAGCAGCGGCUGGAGGGCUGUGGAGCACUGGCACUCAGCUACGAGGGGCGCAAGGUGGCGAUCCUGAAGAACCCCGAGUACUUUGAGCACAGGAAGGAGGAGCGCUGUGCCCGCAUCUGGGGCACCACCUGUGCCAAGCACCCACAUGUCAAAAUGGUGAUGGAGAGUGGAGACUGGCUGGUUGGUGGAGAGCUCCUUGUGCUGGAGAAAAUCAAAUGGAAUGACGGACUGGACCAGUACCGGCUGACACCACUCGAUCUCAAGCAGAAGUUCAGAGAAAUGAAUGCUGAUGCUGUCUUUGCGUUUCAGCUGCGCAACCCCGUGCACAAUGGGCAUGCCCUGCUCAUGCAGGAUACGCGGAGCCAGCUCUUGCAGAGGGGCUACAAAAACCCUGUGCUUCUCCUGCACCCCCUGGGUGGAUGGACCAAAGAUGACGAUGUCCCGCUGGAAUGGCGAAUGAAGCAGCAUGCAGCGGUGCUCGAGGAGCAUGUUCUGGACCCAAAAUCAACCAUUGUUGCCAUCUUCCCCUCUCCCAUGCUCUACGCUGGCCCCACAGAGGUACAGUGGCACUGCCGGGCUCGCAUGAUUGCUGGGGCCAACUUCUACAUUGUAGGGCGUGAUCCUGCAGGCAUGCCUCACCCUGAGACCAAGAAGGACCUCUACGAGCCUACACAAGGAGGGAAGGUCCUCAGCAUGGCACCAGGCCUGACCUCGGUGGAAAUCAUCCCCUUCCGAGUGGCUGCUUACAACAAAGUGAAGAGGGCUAUGGAUUUCUAUGACCCCAAAAGGCACGACGAUUUUGACUUCAUCUCAGGAACACGCAUGAGAAAGCUUGCUCGUGAAGGUGAAAACCCACCAGAUGGCUUCAUGGCCCCCAAAGCUUGGAAAGUCCUAACCGAGUACUACCAGUCACUGGAAAAAAAGAAUUAACAGUACUUCUAAAAAUACUUGUAUUAAGAGUGAGCAAUGAUUGAUUGAUUCCCUAUGAUACCGAUCAGCUACUUGAUGUUUUCAAUAUUUUGACUCGUAGGGCUUUCCUGCCUGGGUCAGAGAGUUUUUUACUAAUCGGAAAUACUUUGAGCUGGGGCCUUCUCCCCUUGAAGCUGCCAGGAGCACCCUGAUGAUGGAGCUGGAAGGAGCGGGCAGCCGGCCCUUUGCUCCCAGCACAAUGCAGCUCUGGGAAGCCCAGUGCAACACCAGCUGGGGCUCUCGGUGCUGCUGGCACUGCGCUCUGGUCCCUGCUGCAGAGCCAGGACCUUGGCACCAGAAUAAAAAUGUGCCCCUGCAUGAAGCAGGAACGAUGAAGUGUUUUUCCUUUACCCCUCGCCCAGUGCAGGAGCAGCUGCUGGGGCGAGAAGUGGUUGCUGCUGGCACUUGGUGCUUGGAUCCAGUUGCUCCAGUUGCUUGGAUCCAGAUUGAGCCUUAGACAAUUUUUGCUAACAGAAGGACUUUUUAAGUGCCUUUUUUAACUGUAUCUUUUUAAAUAGCCUAGACAAGUCACUUGCUUGCUGUUCUUCCUUUCUUCUUCCUGCUUGACCCAUUCAGUCAGAAAAAAAAACAAAAAACAACAAACAAACCUGGACUGGUCUUUGCUGCUGCUCUGAGCUCACUGCCCCAUGAGUCUGCAGCGUGCCCAACCCCAGCGAGGCUGCAGAGGGUGCUGCCUGGGCUCAGGGUCUGGUGGGCUGGCAGCCAGGGGAAGCUAUCCUUAGGGGGAUGUUGUGGAGCACAAGAGAUCUUCGAGAAAGCUCUGGAACACAGGGGAAUGGUAUGGAAUAGUCAGGGGCCACUGCACUUGUUAGUUACCACAGCCACCAGAUUUCCUGACUUUUGUACUUGUCCUUUUUCAGUAGAUGUCCCAGCACCAGUCAGCAUGUGUUUCAAAUGAAAUGGAAAUAAUGUUCUCCUCUCCUUAGUGCUUGUUUUAAUUACAAAUGUAUCUACGCUCAGUAAAAACAAUCCUGCUUCUGCUUGUAUAGCAAGUGGCACUUAGUAUAGCAAGUGGCACCUCCAGCUCAAACGUGUUUUGGUGUGGCCAUGAUGCAGUGUCUAAGACUACAUAUGCAAUUGGGAAUGUUUUUGUAAGAGGUGUUUUUUUUUAUUUUUUAUUUUUUUUAAUUAUUCAAAGGGAAGAACACAAAGCCAUAUUAUACCUCAGAAAAAUGCUGCACCAACCAUGUUAGUAGCCUUUCAGCAUGCUAGCACCAGUGCCUUUCCUACUCAGGCCCUCUGGCAGGGACCUGGAAAACAAAAGCAAUACUCCAAUUUAUAAUUGCAAUAUUUGCCAUUUUUUAAGUAGUGAAAUAGUGCUGUUGCCUCAUUCUAAAACAUUCUAAAAUAAUCAGUUCAAAAAAAAUGCAGUAAAUCCAAAUGGUUAUAGCAAAACACAAAUGCUGUAUUAUUCUUUUAAAAUAGCUUAGUAUACUGAUUACCUCUGAUUAAAAUAGAGUAUGCAGACUAGUUUUUUAUAGUGUAUUUAUUAAAGACAUGAGACUGGAAUUUGUACCUCAACUGAUGCAUCUUAUGAUUUAAUAUAUUCUGAACUUCAUACUCUACUAUGAAACACUCACUUUUAGUACAAAUAAAUAUUUAUACAAGUAA